AUGAUUUCUGCUCCAAGAAACUGCCUCAAGACCCUCGCUGUCACCGCAGGGCUCCUUUCUCUCGCCGGCGCUGCCCCGGCCCGCCCGCAUGACCUCGGCGACACGAAUACCGUUGCUGUGACGGCCGUCCCCAGUCUCACUGCUACUGAUGAGGCAGAGUCUGCUUCUUCUCUGGACUAUAACUUCCCCGAGUGGCCUGCUCUCGAGAGCAAUGGCGCGACUAGGGACAUUUCGGAGAAAGAUCUCAAGCAAGUCGCCGGCCGCCUUGGUCUGACCAUGUGGAACUUGUUUACUAAAAUCCAUGUAGUGAAGCAAAUGAAAAACCUCCAGAUCGACCAUGCUGACCCCGAGUUCGCCGAGGCCACCAACGGCACCAGCCCUGACUUGAGCGACCUCGACUUCCUCAAAGACUCGUCCAACCGUGGCCUCAUCACACCGCGCGGCGACCCCAUAAUGGAUUUAAUAGACAGCGUGAUCUCGAGUUUCAUUGGCCGCCGCAGCGGCGACGCGUUCGAGAAGACCAAGUAUGAGAAAUGGAAUAAGGGUCGCGCUAACAGUUAUGGCUUCCGGGUCGGCCUCCUCAACGCCACGCCCUACCGUUGGGAGCGCAUGGGCGACGUUGCCAACGACUGUAGGAGGAAAGGGGAAAUCGAAACUGCAAUUGAAAUCAUCGAGCCCGGCGCGGCCAUCACCGCCUUUGAGGAGUCGGUUUGGUUAAGACCCCAGUGCACCAAAGAGGUCAAGUACAAACUGGUCGGCACCAAGGAAGACAUGUGGUUCACGCUCCACACCCACAAGAACACGGCCACCAUCGAGUACGGUGGCGCGCUCGAGACGAUGGGCGGCGGCGAGGCCGGCAGCGGCCGCAACGCGCGCGGCAGCAUCUUGGACCUCGGCCUGAGCACGGGCGCCUACAUGGUGACGUUUGCGCUCGCGGGCGUCGAGGGCAACUUCUUCGCCAACGACGUGCCGACCAACUGGAUGAACAGCAUGAUGGACGAGAUUGGUAACUACACGCUCCGCGACGUGCUGCUCCCGCGCUCGCACCACAGCGGCAUGUACGUGGUGCGCAGCCACAACGGCGUCGGCACGGAGCACAACACGGAGACGCAGAGCUACAACAUCUAUCACCAGCUCAAGGUGGGCGGCGUGCGCGUGCUCGACUGCCGGCCCACGGUUGCCACCAACGGGCGCGUCCACGAGAGCCACGGGUCCAAGGUGCUCGGCUUGUGGCACGGCGCGCUCGGCGAAGACUUUGAGACGGCGGUGCAGAUGAUCAACCAGUUCAACAAGGACUACCCGGGCGAGCUCAUCAUCGUCGACGUGUCCGGCGCCGAGAUGCUCGAAGGCCGCAAGUUCACCUCGCUCAAGGCCGACGGCGUCGCGCGCGUCAUUGACAUCUUCAAGGGGCUGGAGAACCGCCUCGUGCUCAAGCCCGGCGAGGACAUGACCAAGCUGCCGCUGAACGAGCUCCUCGUGGGCGGCCGGUCGGGCGUCGUCGUGCGCAUGGAGGAGUGGCGCAUCCGCGACGUCGACAACUGGCCCGGCCCGGCCGAGGGUUUCGUCACGCCCACCGAGAUGCCGCUCCGCAAGCACUGGACCGACGAAGAGAGACCGCGCAAGGUGGCCGAGGACCAGCUCCGCAUGCUGGAACGCCAGCGCGAAAAGGGCAACGCCGAGCCGCUGUACAAUGCCGAGCUGCUCAUCGUGCAAAAGGGCAUCAACCUCAUCAACGGCAGAAAAAUCACCGAGCUCAACGACCCUGCCUGGGUCAUGCUCAUCGACACUUUUUGGCUCGCCUUUCGCGGCGUCGUGUACCCCAACUGGAUCAGCAUGGACGCCAUCCGCGGCGACCAGCUCCGCGCCGUCUCCGUCGCCGUCAACAUGUGUUUUGUCGCCAAGCGCUGCGGCACCCUCGGGGGGCGCGUCCCCGACGCCCCAGCCUGGGCCCCGGUUUCGGUGACAACCAACGACACUGACACCACCAUUACCAACACAACCAACUACACCAACAUCACCGACACCAACAUCACCGACACCAACAUCACCGACACCAACAUCACCGACACCAACAUCACCGACACCAACAUCAUCGACACCAACAUCACCGACACCAACAUCAUCGACACCAACAUCACCGACACCAACAUCACCAUUACCACGGCGGACAAAAUGUAA